AUGACCCGGAGAAGAAGAAAAAGAAGACCCGGAGAAGAAGAAAAAGAAGACCCGGAGAAGAAGAAAAAGAAGACCCGGAGAAGAAGAAAAAGAAGACCCGGAGAAGAAGAAAAAGAAGACCCGGAGAAGAAGAAACAGAAGACCCGGAGAAGAAGAAACAGAAGACCCGGAGAAGAAGAAACAGAAGACCCGGAGAAGAAGAAACAGAAGACCCGGAGAAGAAGAAACAGAAGACCCGGAGAAGAAGAACAGAAGACCCGGAGAAGAAGAAACAGAAGACCCGGAGAAGAAGAAACAGAAGACCCGGAGAAGAAGAAACAGAAGACCCGGAGAAGAAGAAACAGAAGACCCAGAGAAGAAGAAACAGAAGACCCAGAGAAGAAGAAACAGAAGACCCAGAGAAGAAGAAACAGAAGACCCAGAGAAGAAGAAACAGAAGACCCAGAGAAGAAGAAACAGAAGACCCAGAGAAGAAGAAACAGAAGACCCAGAGAAGAAGAAACAGAAGACCCAGAGAAGAAGAAACAGAAGACCCAGAGAAGAAGAAACAGAAGACCCAGAGAAGAAGAAACAGAAGACCCAGAGAAGAAGAAACAGAAGACCCAGAGAAGAAGAAACAGAAGACCCAGAGAAGAAGAAACAGAAGACCCAGAGAAGAAGAAACAGAAGACCCAGAGAAGAAGAAACAGAAGACCCAGAGAAGAAGAAACAGAAGACCCAGAGAAGAAGAAACAGAAGACCCAGAGAAGAAGAAACAGAAGACCCAGAGAAGAAGAAACAGAAGACCCAGAGAAGAAGAAACAGAAGACCCAGAGAAGAAGAAACAGAAGACCCAGAGAAGAAGAAACAGAAGACCCAGAGAAGAAGAAACAGAAGACCCAGAGAAGAAGAAACAGAAGACCCAGAGAUUAA